AUGGUCACCGGAUUCACCUGGCUCCCAUCACGCUCGCCGAAAAGGAACGGCCGUGCCGCAUCGGCAGAGAUAUCGACCAUUUCCGCCGGCCGCCAGCUGGGGGACGAAUGCGCCCGAGGGGGUGGGUUGCCGCAUUUCCUUGCUCGAUGCGUGAAUUUCAUCGAAAAGGAGGGCGGUCUGCAAACCGAGGGCAUCUACCGCAUCCCGGGAAAUCAAUCCCAGUUGGCCGAGGUGGAGCGGCAGUUCGCGUCAAAUAGCGCCCCUGAUCUAUCAUCAAUCGAAUUGCCGUUGCAUGUGGUGGCCACGGCGCUGAAGAACUUCUUCACCCAGCUUUCCGAGCCCGUGAUCCCCACCGUUUUCCAAGACCCCAUUGCGGAGGCUGUGGCUGAGGAUCCAGCCGUUGUAAACGAU